GUCCAGCACCACGCGGAAAAUGAUCCCGCGGGAUCAUCGAUGAUCGUUGGAUCAUCAACCGCGGCGCGGAUACGUGAACGCACCCCCCGAGUUACAAGACCGAUUUACACGAGGAGUCACACAAGGAAUAUCUGUUCGGACUGUUUUCAGAGGAGGAGGAGGAUUCGAUAUGCGGCUCAAGGAGGCUGUCGUCUCGGUACCGCUGCAUCCUGGGGGACUGAACAACAAUCAGCUACAUAGGAGCGAGCCGAGCCAGCCGGGCACCGAGGAACUCGAGAAUCGCAACGAAAACAACACCUCGACGACCACCGUCGUCGUCCCGGUGGCCAGAAGCCCGACGUCGUCCGAUUUCAGCGGCGAGGACACCGAGGAUUUCCGUGUCGCCGAGGACACGACCACGUGGUCUUCCCUUGCGAUCACCCGGGACAACGCGCCGAUCGAUAGCACGAACAACGACGCCGGGAACUUGAACAACAACUUAUCGGUGCCGAGGAUCCGCAGAAACAGCUCGGUCGAGAGCUUGGCCGAUUACGAAGGGCGUAACUCCUCUCACGAAGACUCGUCCCACGAGUUGACACCGUCCGAGUGGUCCGACUGGUCCGAGGAGGGAAAUCUGCCCGCAGGUUGUCGCGGUAUCGUCAACCCUAACUAUCCAGGCUUUCAACACCUGGCGCCUUCUCUUCUGUCGGACACAGAUCUGACGGAGGACGAGCACGAGAGCUGCCCGGAUUACACGAGAUUCAACGAGAUCGACGCCAGGCCGGUCGAGAACGACAACGAGUACAACAAUAACAUCGAGGACAGUAUCAAUCAUCUCUGCGGGCAGAAGAACCAGAGAAAGAUCUUCUACGAGAAGCCUAAAUUCAACAUACAGAAGCUUCGUUUCAAAAGGGCAACAAGGGCAAUAAUUAAUCGAAACAGAGGCUUUGCUUUUACAACGUUUCAAUUAACCAGCCGCAAAGGCCGCCACCGGAAGCUAUGUAAUCAUCAGUCUUUCUUUCUGAGAACGGAGGAGAAGAUUCUCUCGCCGGAAUCGGAGAUCGUGAACGGCGUCGUCGAGGCGGAGACGCAUCUGACGGUCCUGGAACCGGAAGAGGGGCUUGCCGACACCGUGGUAGCCGCUAGUACGCCGGAACUCACGGAGGCGGUGCUCGAGGUGAAACAGGAACGAGAGAUACCGGUCGAGGUCGAGAUCGUCGAGCUGACGACCAGCGUGAAGGAGACUCCACAGUUUCCGGAAAUCGAGGAGAUACCGGACUCUGGGAAGACCAGCGAGGUCGGUGAGACGGACGAUAUCGUGGUGGAGCACAUCGACCUAAUACGCGAGGCAAAGGAGUUGCCUCACCAGGCCCGAUCCAAAAUAGGCAACCGUCAGACCGUCACGUCUACCGGCUCGGCCGACGACGACUCGGAAAGCAACACCGACACCGACAGUUACCCGGAGGAACAGCCGACCUACACGAAGCUCGAGGAGAUCGAUCUUUUAUCGAGCAUCGGUCGUGACAUCGGGGUAGAUCUCGAGAAGUACGUGCAACCGGUGCCGGACGUAGUCGCGAUGGAGGCCCUAGAUCCGAUCCACAUGGCCGCCCGAGCCUCUUCCGCCAUGAACAUGAUGAAAGACGGGAUCGAGGACACCAACAAGCUGCUCGAUCGUGAUCUACCAGAAGCGUCGAGCGCAGACACCAGAAAGAAAGAGAAGAUGGCUAGGAAUCAGGCGAAGAGAAGGCAACAACAACAGCAGCAACAGCAGCAAUUGAGAGCGUCGAACGCGCAGAGGCGGCCUGAUAAGAGGAGGGCCGAUGUGGAUAUUGGACCAGGUGUCUUUGACGUGUACAACAUCGAGACAGCGAUGCCAAAGAUCGAUUUGGACGCGAUCGAAUCUCACCUGAGAGCGGCACGCGAGGAGGAACGACGGCGACGGAACGACCGUGAAGAGAUCCGAAGGAGGCUGGCGAUGGGUCCGGACGCCGAAGACUUGCGCGCUGAACGCGGAAGAAAGCCGAGCCUCCAGUCGCGGCUUCAAAGCGGAAUGAAUCUCCAAAUCUGCUUCAUGAACGAAACAGCCUCGGACACCGAGUCACCUUGCUCGGAGAACGACGCCUCGCCUGGAUCCACGCCGGCGUCCCUGAACACGCCGAAGCAACAACAGAAACAACAGAUGCCGGCCAGGCCCCAGGUGCUAAGUCUUCCGCCGUUGAGGCUCGACGUGGGCCCGAACUCGGCGCCCAUCGACGAGGCGGACUUCUUCGCCCGGCAAGCAAGGUUACAGACCGAGGCGAGAAUGGCCCUGGCCCAGGCCAAAGAAAUGGCGCACAUGCAGAUGGAGGUGGAGAGACAAAGGCUGAAACAAAGUCCCAUCACGGAGAUGGUGCGAUCCAGCCUCGAAAAAGUUGGUGUUCAAUUAGGCGAGGACAGGCGCAGAUUGUCCCGGGUACUUUUAACAGAACUGAAUGUCGCGCAGCUUCAAGUAGUGGCGAAUGACUUGCACGCUAGAAUCGCAGCUCUGAACGAGGCUCUUGUCGAGGGACUGUUAAGAAGAGACGACUUACACAUGGAACAGGACUCGAUGCUCGUGGACAUCGAGGAUCUCACCCGAUAUCUAGGUACCAAGCAGGAGGCGCUGAAGAAGAAGCAAAACGCGAGGGAGCAACAGACCUCGGGCAGGAAUCACCAGCAAACGGCGUCGCCAGCACAGAGCAAGACACUGAUGAAGCCAAAGCUGACGCACCGCGGUCUAGUCUCCCUGGUGAGGAAAUAAUGCCUGGCCACGAGACUCCGUGGUCUCGUCGGAAUCUAAGCGAGCGGGAAGGAAGCACAGGCACCAAAA